AUGGAAGAAUGUGCUAGACAAAUGGUUGCACACUUUGGUGAAGAACAUGACAUAUUAGAGAUGAAUAUGCACCUUUUUGCCAUUACAUCAAUUGAAGAGGAGGAAGAAGAUCUUAGAAAUCAAGAUGAUUAUGGUCAAGCCCAACAAAUUGUUGAUUUGAUGGAGAAAUUCGAAAAUUGUUAUCUUUUUUCUGACUCAAUUGGACAAUGUUCUAUUUGUUUGGAAGAGUUUUGUACUAAGUCAGAACUUGUUCGAACAAAAUGCUCUCAUAUUUUUCAUAAAAAUUGUAUUCUCUCAUGGAUUCAACAAUGCAUUAAUCGAUAUCAACUCACACUUGUCCAUUGUGCCGACGUCUAUUAUGAAUAUUUAUAA